AUGGCACACUCAAAGGCCAGAGCAUCAGAAGUUCAGUACGAUGUGUUCUUGAGUUUUAGUGGGGCGGAUACUCGUUUUGACUUCACGAGCUUCCUCAAUAGAGCCUUGAAUAAUGCCGGAAUCUGCAUAUUCAUGGACGAAGAUGCAAUCAAGGUGGGUGAUAAGAUUGGUGAGACAAUUCUACAAGCUAUCGACAACUCCAAAAUCUACAUACCCAUCAUCUCUCAAACUUAUCUUGAUUGCAAAUGGUGUCUCAUUGAGUUUGAACGCAUGAUGAAUAAUGUGUCUCAGUCAGAGGGUAGAAAAAAGAUUUUUCCCAUCUUUUAUAAAGUGAAACCUGGGGAUGUUAAACAUCGGACUCCUAGCCCAAAGAAUCUUUCCUCUGAAGUCAAACUUGGGGCGUUCAAAGAGACUCUUGCAAAGGUUGGUAAAAUCAAGGGAUGGAAGGUCAAGGAGCGACAAAGGUAA